CCCCCGUCGCACACAGUCAACAUGCCUCCCAAGAAGAAGGUCGAGCGAUCCACCCAGGAGAACAUCCAACUCGGUCCCCAGGUCCGUGAGGGUGAGCUCGUUUUCGGCGUUGCCAGAAUCUUCGCUUCUUUCAACGACACCUUCGUCCACAUCACCGAUCUUUCCGGCCGCGAAACCAUCUCCCGUGUUACCGGUGGAAUGAAGGUCAAGGCUGACCGUGACGAGUCCUCUCCCUACGCCGCUAUGUUGGCUGCCCAGGACGUUGCUGCCCGCUGCAAGGAGCUUGGCAUUACUGCCCUCCACGUCAAGAUCCGUGCCACUGGUGGAAACGGAACCAAGACCCCCGGCCCCGGUGCCCAGUCUGCUCUCCGUGCUCUUGCCCGUGCCGGUAUGCGCAUUGGACGUAUCGAGGACGUUACCCCCACUCCUUCCGACUCUACCAGGAGAAAGGGUGGUCGCCGUGGUCGCCGUCUCUGAGCGUGUGCGCUCUAUUGCUGGAUGGUGCUGGUGGAAUAUACGGUUUUUUAUGGCCAAUGGGUUUAACGCUUGUUCAUGACCCCAAACAAAAAUUACGAGGAGAGCGGCGAACGGCUAGUUUACAAUAGACUGGUCCUGUACCCUGAUCUCCAUGUUGAACGGGAGCCUGACUUGGUCAAGGUAGUUCAACAGAACCUUUCUGCGUGAAUACUUUUGGCUGCUCGUUGCCCUUGUGCGUGAACUGUAUGAUGAUUGACAAAAAUUACACAUUACUACUAUUACAGUAUUUACUUCUCGUCCCAGGCCGUGACAACCAG